CCAGAAACCCUUUGUGAUGAUGUCAUUCAGAGGAUCGGGAAAUUCCCGUAGCAGUUGAUGCUGCGUUAUUGAUGAUUGUGUGUUGUGGCGUUGUUUGCAGAUGUCAUAGGAACGGGAUCCUAAACUACACAAUCGCCAGUUAUAGGCCAACUUUACUCACACCAUGGAGACCUGAAUGAAGUCCGACGCCAUCAUGGAGACAUCGAUGACACCAAAUCUUACCAUCAAUGAGAAAGACGUCAACAAAGUGGAUCUUGGACCUGGACUGCUUGAGACUAAGGAAGAAAUCGUGUCAGUGAGCAAAACAAUUGCUGAAGAUACUCCAAGCAGUAUCCUGAGCAAUGAGUUCCCUAGGGUCAUCAGUUUUGAUCACGGUAACCUCAACACCAACAAGUUUGGUAUGUCGACAAAAUGCCACAUUGUGAAAGAGGGCACAGAGCUCAAAGAUCUGACGAGAAGUGCGUUUCGUCUGAUGCACGAGAAAGUGAGGCAAUUCGGACACUCUCACCUUGCUAGUAUCUACAGUCCUUGCAACGCAUUGAUCGACCGGGUCCAACUGGGAUGCGUCAAGUUUGUGCUGCGCUUUAAUACCAAGGAGGGCCUGCAGAAGUUCUGGGAGAUGUAUUCCUCAGGGGAACUGGCACAGAAAAUGACAGAGGUUUUCAUUACCGAUGAACUGGUACCAGGCGACAAGACUGACAUAUCUGUUCUGCCGACUAUUGAACAGAAAGAUUUUGAGGCAGGCAUGAAGUACUUUGAGGAUCUGGAAGAAGCUGAGAAAGAAGCUGAAGAGAGACGCCGAUUGCGAAAGGAGAAGAAAGCGAUGUCUGGAGAGCAGAGUUCAGGACAGGACCAAGAGCAGCCUGGUACCUCAGAGAUGAGCGACGAAGAAGAAAGUCCCGACACAUCUGAGUAUGAAGAUUCCAUGGAAUAUUCUGAUGAGGAGAAAUGAUUUGCAUAUUUCAUGCUCGAUCUUCACACUAAUAAGAUGAACCAACAAAUUGAAGCUACAAACAGGUUUAAUGACACUAUUUGUGUACUGAGAUAGUUCAGAUGUUUGGUGUUUUUUCCUUGUUGUAAUAGGCAUGUAAAUGGUUUUAUUUGCAGAAAUUCCAGCAUUUUAAUAAAAGACAAUUUUAAUACACUGUUUCGGUUUUUGUAAAUUUCGCUAAGCCUAUAGUCUUAAAACAAUGGGAAAAUAUCAACAAUCAGUUUUUAUAUUGGACAGACAUGAAAUGCUUAUUUCGGUGAAGGUGAACAUGCCUAUUAACGUGUAAACUUUCAUUUUUGCCACAACAAAAUUCGACCGGAAAUAUGUAAACACAAACUACUACUAUGAUACGUAUGUAUAGCUUAUUUGGUUUGUGGAUACUUUUUAAGUCAUCCUUAUCAUUUUGGUGUGUGUGAA